AUGGACGCCUCCACGUUAUUGGAACAGUACAUGCAGGACCUGUCAAACCUGCCGUCCGAGCUGGCGUAUUUGCUGGAGGAGCUGAGGGAAAAGGAUCUGAAGCUGUAUGAUAUACGGAAACGCAUCAGCCAGCGAGAUAACCAGCUCUUUAAACAUAUCAAACAGCAGGGCUCUCUAGUCAAGCAUCCGAAGGAGGACCAGAUAUAUCAGAAAAACAGAGAGGAUUUCGAGAAGGGCAGCAAGAUACAGGAGGAGAAGUGUGUUUUGGCGAACACCGCGCUGUUUCUCCUGGCAAAACACCUGACCAAGCUGGAGAACGACAUCGAAAAGCUCGAACAAGAGGGCGUGGUGCCGCCGAUCUUGAACGAGGAGUCGUCCGACGAGGAGGACGCCGAAAACGGGCCGGCUUCCGCGCAAGUCAAGACACUCCACGCCGUCGAACGUGUACAUGGGCAACUAUUCGGGCUCGAUGCUGGGACUACGAAACAGAAUGACAUCCGAGGAAUUGAGCGAUAUAGAAAUGGAAGACAUGAUGAUACGAGCACCGCGCAAGAAGAACUCCUUGCUGGAGCAUGGGGCGUCCGGCACAGUGACCAUUCCGAAGGCCCCGAACCACAAUUCCAACGAGGAGGACGAGCUCUACUGUUUCUGCCAGCAGGUCUCGUACGGGAACAUGAUUGCGUGCGACAACUCCGACUGCAAAUACGAGUGGUUCCAUUACGACUGUGUCGGGCUCAAGGAGCCUCCACAGGGAAUCUGGUACUGUCCAGACUGUCGCAAGGACAUGGAGCUGGGCCGCAAGACUGA